AGACGCUUUGUCCCUAUCUCGGGAUGACCUCAAAAAACGUUCGCAGCGAGGAGCCUCUCAGGAGGAUGACGGCGACGCAAAUCUAUUGCCUCCUCUCUCACCUACAACUCCCUUCGGUAAACCACCUCGUACACUUGGUAGUCCUAGAACACCUAAUGCUAUCAGGCAAGACGCAGGAUUUAGUGCCAGGACACCUAGCAGUAUGAUUAGGCAAGAUGGUGCAGGAGUAGGUGCAACCGCUUCAAUACCAAGUUCAACACCAAGAAAAGUACAACUCGGAACAUCAACAUCUUCUGCUUCUACAGCUGCUUCGUGGAAUACCUCUUCUCGAGCACUAACUUCAGCCAAGACUAAGGUCGAGGACCUGAAUGCCCGUAUGAAGGCAUCAAGAAUGACAUCUGCUGAAGCUUUACAAUACGCUCUACAUAGUACCGGGGCAGCGAAGAUUCGAAGAAUGAUCAGAAGUCUCAACGUUCGGUGGACAGAUUUCCCACAGCCAGUACUCUCGACUUGGGUUAGACAAAUUGCCGCGAGACCAGAAGACUUGAAUUGGUGUGUUGAUUGGGAUCAACCGACUAGAGUGCAGGGUCUUUCAGGAAAUGGAGCGACAGCGAGAGCGACUAUCUCAUCGACUCCCCGUUCUGGUAGUACUGGUAGUACUUCUGCCCGUCGUUCGAACAAAAGCAGAUCAUCCAGGCUUCUGCCUGAGGACUUCUCUCCUCCUCGACGGUCUAGCAGUCUCAAAGCCAACUCUUCGACGCCUAGAGGUUCUAGUCCUUCAAAAACCGACUCUUCCUCAUCAACAUCAACACGUCCUCACGUCCAACUGGAGGGUCAGCCAGUAAGUUUUCAGCUUAUGUCAUCAGAACAAUCACCCUUGGCAAGUCUAGUGCACGUGGUGGACGCGGAUGGGAACACGAUGUUACAUGCGGCGGCUAUGGCUAACGACCGCAGAGCCUGUCGUCUGCUCGUCGGGGCCGGAGCAGACACGACGCUGCCGAACACACGUGGCCGCAGUGCGCAUGACCUUGUUCAGGCGCAAGACCAACUUGGCUCACUCAUGAAGAAGAACACUGCAUGGUCUCCCUCUUCAGCGGGAGGGGGUGGGAAUUUCAAAAUUCUCGAGGGAAUUUCUAGCAGUCCUUGGUCUUCUUCUACUUUUUCAAGUACUGGCGAAUUAUCUCAAUUUCACCCUUUAGACCCUUUGCAUCAUACGGUGCCUGUAGCUCCAG